AUGGCUCCAAACACUCCCAUUACCCUCUCUUUUCUCUUCAUGACUCUUCCAUUCUUCUUCUUCGAUCAAUCUAUCUCGACUAACACCGAGCUAAGAUAUGAUUUUUACGACGAGUCGUGCCCUCAUUUGCCUAUGAUAAUUCGAGAUCAUAUUUGGGAGGCGGUGCAAAAUGACACGAGAAUUGCUGCAUCGCUACUACGGUUGCAGUUCCAUGAUUGUAUUGUAGACGGAUGUGAUGCAUCGGUGCUGCUUGAUGAUACUAAAGAUAUGAAAGGUGAGAAAAAUGCUCCGGGCAAUGUGAAAUCGCUACGAGGGUUUGAAGUGAUCGAUGCCAUAAAAGCAGAUGUUGAAGCAUAUUGUCCCGAGACAGUUUCUUGUGUUGAUAUAUUAGGUCUUGCAACUAGAGAAGCUGUGUAUCUGGUCGAAGGGCCAUCGUGGAGCCUUCCACUAGGACGUAGAGAUGGCUUAAAAGCAAACUUCAAAUCCGUUCUAGAACAACUCCCAUCUCCGAGGGCAUCUCUAGAGAAUAACACCGCCAAGUUCACCUCAAAGGGCCUCGAUUUAAAGGACCUCGUCGUGCUAUCAGGCGCACACACUAUCGGCUUCGCUCGUUGCGUGACAUUCAAGGUCCGUCUCUUCAACUACAAGGGCUCCGGCCAGCCCGACCCUGACAUCAACGCAGCCAUGCUCUCGGACUUGCAAUCCAUGUGCCCCAACAGAAACGACGGAACCAACGCCAAUUUGGCCCCUCUGGAUGUGGCCACUGUUGACAGGUUCGACAAUGAGUAUUACACGAACUUGAUUAGUGGUGUGGGGCUUUUGGAGUCCGACCAUGGUCUAAUGGCCGACAGCAACACAGCUCAAAUGGUUAGACAAUAUAGUUUUGAUACGAACUUGUUUUAUGAUGACUUUGCUGAGUCGAUGUUUAGGAUGAACAUGGUUGGUGUUUUGAGUGGCCGUGACGGGCAGAUUCGAAAGAAUUGUCACGUUGUUAAUGUCGAUGAUGGGUAUUAA